GAUAUUAUGAAGGGAGAGAAAUGGAAAGUGAAAAAGAGGCUGUGGAUUUUUCCGCGGGAGUCUUUCUGUUCGUGGCAAUGUGCAGAUAGUUGGAUAAAAGUUUUCGAAAUAGAUGGACGGGUCUAAUACCGGGGUCAUGACGAAACUUGCAAGCCUUCUCCUCCCCCCUCAUUUUCUACGUGAUGGUAGCGCCUGAGGCGCGCUUUAUUUGGCGGUUCAUUCAGACAGGGAGAAAAACGCUCGGUCGGAGGAGUCAGGACAGUUUUCCUACGGUUUAAGGGGGAAGGCUGGUAUCUGAAAAAUGAGUAAUAAUGAUCUUCAAGUUUAUGAAAAUGAAAUCCAAUCUUUGGAGGAAGAAAUUAAAAAGUUAACUGAAGAAUAUGAAUGUAGUCAACAUGGAUCUAUGGCUUAUUCUGAUGGGGAGAUAAUGAAGACUAUGAAAUCUUUUAAAAGAAAAUCCCAGGAAGAAUCAAACCAAUAUGGAUCUUUUCCAGACUUGAAAACUCAGCUUGACUUACUAGAGUCUGACCUCUUCUUCAUAAUGAAAUUUACAGGCAUUUGCUUCACACAUUAUUCUAGGAAACCUGUGGAGAGAAGUGGAGCUAGAACUAUACACAAGUAUAGAUUAUCAGGAAAUUGUCAGUCAAUGCCCUUUCAGUUGGAAUUUCAACUCAUGGAAGAAAAUCAGAUUAACAAAAAUGUUUCAGCCCUUGUUACUGAUCUUAGCAUUAUAAUUGAAUUUGAGGAAUAUUCGGAUUUAAGCAAGUUUGUAUCAAGAGUUGAAGAGAGUGGGAACCUCUUGCUGUUCUUCAAAAGUCUUUCAUGUUUCACUGAGUGGUGUAAACAUCGGAAACACACUUUGACCCAUUUCAAGAACAAGUAUCCUGAUGUCGUCGUACUUCCUGAAGGACCAUCUGGAGAUUACAUGAUCUUGAGAAGGCCUGAGCUUGCUGGACUUGAGUUAAUGAUUGUUUGGAAGAUUUAUGUAGAUGAAGAAGGAAAGGUUACACCAGUCUUGGAUCUGCUGAACAAAAUACCAAUGUCAGUUGUGGAAGCCAACAAGUUUGCAUCAGAUGCUCCGUACUGUUUUAGAAGCCUACUACAUGUGCUUGGGAUACAGGCAUCCAUUGAAACACUGAUUAAGUCGCUUUGCAAUGACAAAUGAAUACCAGGACGAUAAAAUAUGCAUCUAUACUUUAUUGAAUAUAAACAUUAAGUUAUUUUCCAUUUAGAAACCAAACCCAUAAAACAUGCUAUCUGUACAAUUAUGGCACAUAUAUAUAAAUUGUCAUGACAAAUAAAUACAGCCAUUUUAAAUACAAAAUGCCAAACAGAUAAGUGAAUUUCAUUUUAAAAAUUUAACUUUCUGAAUCAAAGUGGCUUCCCCCACCUUUCAUAGCAUUUCAUAGAACCUCUAACAGAUCAACCUGAUAAAUUCAAGUCUAUAAAAAGUGGCAGUUUCCAUUCACAGCUGUAUAUGUAACAGAUUUUUAGAAGUUAUACUGAAAAGUUAAAUGAAACCAAGUUUCAAGAUGCAAAAAAACACCCUCACUUAAUAUCACAGCUACUACUUCUUCCUCAAACAGGGAUUAAAAGGCAAAACCAGGUUUCUAAUACCUCUCUCAUAAAACAGAAUUGUGAUAUUUCGAUUUACAAUGGAUCAGAAGGCAUAACCUACAAAUUUACAAAAUGCAAGGUGUAUAUUUUUUAGUCACAGGCAGAUUGCCUAUAAUGAAAAUAGCAAGCCAAGGGCAUUGCCCCACAUAUAACAUGCCCCAGUUAUUUAUUGUUUUUGCUUUUCAGGCUAUGAUCAACUUGUUAAUGCUACUGUCUCACAAGUAAUAAAGUCAUGUUAAAGUUCUCCUAGCUCUUUUAAAGUGCUGCAACAGUCUCACAUAAAAGCAAACUUUGUAGCCAGUUUCAGAGGUAGAGACCUAACGUAUCCCAUGUUAAUCCUACUCAGAGUAGCAGACGCAUUGACAUGACUAACUUAGGUCUAUUCAUUUCAAUGGGUCUACUCUCAAUAGAGCUUACUUGGAUACAAACCUUAAUCCUGAAGCUCAAAACUGUGAACCUUAAACAGCACUCUAACUCUUGCCCUCCCUAGCCCUGGAUGAUAAAUGUAGAGUUUUACCUACUUCUGAUUAGUUAGUUUCUGUAAUCAGAUGCACAUUGCUGCAUAGCUAUUUUUGCAUAUUGCUUCAGGAGCUGUGGGAAUAGCUGUCUUCCUUGCAGCAACUUUGCAUACUAAGAGGAAACUUGAUCCAAGUAAGAUAUUACCUGAACACCACAGCAACUUCACAGUUAGCUAACAAAUGCAAGUACUGAUUGUAACCAAUCACUAAGCAUGGCGGUUUUACUGCAUUCAAACCAGUUAUAAGUCUUAUUCUAGAGAUAUGCCCUAACCUGCAGUUGGGCUGCCUCAUGUGAGGUCCGCUGCCUCUGUAUGACCAAAUUGUGAUAUCAAUUCAGCUUAAUUAUACAGCAGUUUGUAUAAGUAAUAGGAAUCACUAGAGGCACUAACAAAAUUUAAUUAUAUGUAAUAUUCAUGAGAACAAAUAUUAAUAUUAUAGAAAUUUUGAAAUGUUACCAUUAUAUUUAAUGUUACUAUAGCAGCUUAAUUGGUAAUGGCAAGAAUAUUAUUGUAGAUCCUUAGGGACAGAUACUUUGAAAAGAUGAAUAAAUCAAAUCACUGAUGACACAAAAAAUGUCAAUUAGAACGUAAGAUUAUGCCACUAAAUGCCCACACUGAAAUACAGAUAACAUUUUUUGAAUGGCUGAAGCAGCUUAAAUCUAGGUUUCUCACAGCUGGUCCUCACCCACCUAUAGUGCCUUGUCACCAAACAACCACUAAUAAAGUUUCUCCUAUUCUACAAUAAGCUUAUGACAUGACUUGUCUUUCCAGAGUUUUAAAUUCAGAGGUUCAGUCAUACAGCCAGGAUAAGAACAGUAAUAUUCCUACGCCACUGUAAGUGGAGCCUACUGCCAUUGUACAGCACAGUAGGAAAAGAGAUGAGCCUUAGUCUUUCAAACCUGAGGCACAUUGCAUUGUUUCCCUAUUUUUUUUUUGUACACAAGAGACCAAAAGGCAGUAACAAAUCAUGCACAGACACAUCUAGAGAAAAUGCCCCUUGCUGAAGAUAAUUAACGCCUAUUUAAUGAGAGGUAAGUUUCUAGUUCAUAGAGUUGACAUAGGGGGAACAACUCAGUUACAAACAAGCUUAUUUUAGCAAGCCCUGGAAGAGUGACUUCCAAGGUUUUAAUAUCAAAUUGGGAACACUGCAAAAUAUUAAGAACAAAACCCACCACACUGGGGGGGGGGGGGAGAGAGAGAGAGAAUAAAGCCAGUAUUUGACUUCACAAGUGCUUCCCUCAACAAAUAACCUCAAUCAUUUAGUGUACUGGAAGAUUUCUGAGUAUCAGUGAGGCACAUGUAUAAUUAUUUUAUAUAGAAUUAAGAAUUAUUUUAUAUGGAAACAAAAAUAGUAAUUGUGCAAGCAAUUGGAUCAUUAGAAAAGGCUUCUUUGUAAUUAAAUUAUUCUACUGAACAAUUAAAAGCAGUAUUGUAUAAGGAA